AUGAACAGUGAGCAAGUAAAAGCAGAAGAGGAGUUAAUGGAAGCAAGAAGAAUGUUUAAUAAGUCUAAAUCUAAAAAAGUGUAUCAGAGGGCAUGGAUGAUGUAUUUUAUGGAGACUGAAAGCAAUGUGGAGCAUGCAGCUUUUUUGGUUUAUUGGUUAUCAAGGUUUGUUUUUCCUGCAGAUUCAUAUGAUACUAUUUUGAAAAGUGUUGUUCCUAUUGCAAUACAUUUAGCUCAUGGGAAUAGAAUAGCCCUUGCACCUGCUGUUUUAGCUUGUAUUUAUAGAGAUUUGAGUUUACUUAAUAGCGUCAUUACAAAAAAUACCACAUCAACUAUGAAGAGUUUAAGAGUAACUAUUUGGUCUCCUUUUCAAUUGGUUCAAGUAUGGGCUUUAGAGAGGUUUUUAGCUCUUAAACCACGCCGUUAUACAAUAGGCCAUGGUUUACCAGAGGUGGCUAGAUGGGGUGGUGUUAAAGUAUUUAAAAAUAAAAACUUGAAAAAGGACUUGGAUUGUGCAGGAUUUGGAAAUGGUUUUUUGUGGCAACCAUACGAGAAUUCACCAUGUGUUGAAGUUUAUAAUGAAAAAGAUAUGUGGAAAUGUUAUAAUCCUUAUUUAGAAGAAGAGCUACAUUCGUUUGGGAUGUGUUUGAGGGCCUGUGAGUUGGUUGGUAUGGGAUGUAGUGAGAAGUACUUACCACAUCGUGUCGCUAUGCAGUUUGGUAUGGAUCAAGACAUUCCAGAUAAUGUUGCUUUUUGUGAGAAGGAUCCUUGGGUGAGUUAUAGCCAGCCAACAGCAUUGGUGGAUAUUGAUUUGAUCAUUCAGUUGUGCUCUAACAAGCCCGGUGUUACUUCUAGAUACUAUGAUUGGUGGAAGCAAUCGAAAUUAAAUAAGGAAAGAGAUAACAAGAGAGUGAAGGUUGAGAAACAUGAAAGGGAAGGUUUUGAUAAAGAGGAUGAUUUGUUUGUUUAUGAAAUAUCAAGUUCUGAUGAAGAAGAUCAUUUGUUAGUUUAUGAACUAUUAAGUUCUGAUGAUGAAGUAGUUGAAAAUGGAAAGGCUUUAUCUAGUCAUGAAUUUGGUGCUUUUAGAUCAUCAAAUGUGGGUGAAAUUAAUAGUCAAUAUUGUGAUAGAAAUGGGGAAAAAGAGGAAUGUGUUAAUCCUUUUACAUUAGAUGUGGAAUUUGAUCUUGAAAAGAGGAUUGAAAAGCUUGAAAAAGUGAUAUGUGAGCUUAAAGAAGCAAGAUUUGGCAGUAGGCCAUAG